GUUUAGAAGAGAAUAUUCAUCAUGUCAGAGAGAUCCCAAAGGUUGCUGGAUAGGCAAAGGUGUUAGUGAAUCAGAAAAGGGAUUUUCAAAGAUUGAGCUGUAAUAAACAGGAUCAUAAAGGGGGGCAAAGUACAUACCUCACUAGAAAACACCCCCAGCCACCUCUGUAUCAGCUUUAUAAUUCACAUUUCUGAUGGAUACACUAUGAACAUUUAUCAAUGUUAUAAAUCAGAAGGACCUACACCUAACAAGAGCAAACGGACACAAACCACACCAGGACAACCUACAUGCUGGAGAGACACCACUUUCAACACGCAACAUCAGGGAAGAGGAAAGCAGCAAUGAAACACUCAGUUGGCAUAUUCUCCAGAUCUGACAAAGGUGAUUAUGCCUGGCUGGUGACACUUUUCUCAUCGAGUGACUUCAGUGAUUGCAUCCAGGAUGUGAGGUCCACCGUCAUAUCCAAUAGUGGUUUUCAGCAGUUUAUAGAUGAUGCAUCUCAUUGCUCUCUGGGGAUUAUAUAUCACACCAAGAACAGAGGACGAGUCAACAUCACCGAUAUAUCCGGAUCACUCUACGAUGAGGAACUGGACAGCCUGAAUCAGUUACUUGGGAGAGACAACGUGAUUGUGGUGAUUGAUGAUGUGGAGGACAGCAGCCAUGAAGAGAAGAUUCGGAUCCUGAAGCUUCAGCCCACUAUUGAGAAACUGGCCCGUGAUUUGCUUCUCAUUUCAAAAACUGAAAAAAACAACACUAAAACCUUAAUGACAAAACUGAGAAACUUGACAGCUUCUACUUCAGAGGUACAUGGACGCAGCAACCAUGGAGGUCCUGAUCCUCAUGUCGGCAGAAGCAAUCUGGAGGAAAAGCUCACAGACACCAAUCAAACAAAGUGCAAAACUAAAGAUUCAAAACCACUGCGUGGUGACAAGAGUCCUAACACAAAAUCAACACUUGAGAUUUUAAUAUCAUGUAGCAGCAAGAGUCCAGGGGUAUCAUUCAGAAACGAGGGUCCUCAAACAUGGAAUGACUGUGAUGGGUAUGAGUUCAUGAGGGGAUUUCAAGCACCAGUAGGCAUCAGUGAGGAGUCUCAGAUGCCAUGCCAAAGUCAAAAAAUGCCACCCAGUAUUGAGAACUUAGAGACGUUGGACAGCUCUGAGACUGAGAACCUCUAUGAGACUCCUGAUACGUGUAUCAAUGACAAACCUAAGCCACGGUUGAAAAAUCAAAAGUCUACAGUUUGGUACAUUUCUGAAAAUUUGGAGAAACUGCCCAACGAUGAAUUCCAAAAGGAUGAAUUCAGCAGCAAAACUUCUAAGAUAGGGUUCAAUUCUGAGAGUUUGGAGAAACUACCUAGCAAAGGUUACCCAACAACCCAACUCAACAAUGAAACUUCUAACAUACCGUACAGAAUUGAGAGAUCAAAUAAACCACCCAUUGAUGAAUUCUCCAAGGUCCAUUUAUACAAUAAGCCUUCUGAGGUUGGGUACACCUAUAAAAGUUCUGAAACAAAACUCAACCAUGAAAGAUCAAAAGAACUAUGUGAUAAUAGUGACUCACAGUGCAAAGAUGAGAGCUUUGUUGUCACCCCACCAAGAGAGAAGUGUCCAAAGCAACUAUCUUCACAAAAAAGCCCCGAAAGUCAGUCUAACAAUGGGAAAUGGUCUUGUGUGGUAGAUGAACUGAAAAAAAAACAAUAAUAUAAAAAAAUAAUACCAGUGACAGGUCUCCUUAGACACUGCAUCAGAAUGAUUACGAAUUUUCUAGUCUGUAACCCUAUUUUUAUGUUGCUUUUAUUUCUGUGAAUAUCUGGAAGGCACAUGCUUCUAUCUUUGAUCUCCUUUGGUGCGCUUGGUUUUUGGUCAGUUUCUAAUAUUAUGCACUAUGACACUUUUAAAAAUAAAAAACGUCCCACACUCCA